AUGCUCUCUACAGAGGAGAAGCUGAACCUCAUUACUAGGAGGCAAUCCUUCCUCGAACCUGCGGACGCAGAAUCUCUGCAAGGGCUCCUGGAAGAAAAGCCUAAGCUCAAGUUGGCCUGGGAAACCACACCUACAGGCAAGCCUCAUGUUGGAUACUUCGUGCCAAUUGCGAAGCUGCUUGACUUCCUCAGGGCUGGCCUUGAUGUGACUGUGUACUAUCUUGACGUCUACGGGUUUCUUGUUAACUACAUCCAUUCCAUGGAGACUGUGGCAUAUCGACAACAGUAUUACCACUUCCUGGUCACCGCUAUCCUGAAGGCACUUGGCGUAUCACCGUCUCAAGUGAACUUCGUGGCCGAGUCCAGCCUUGCCUAUGAAAAGGACUUUGUGAUUGAUGUCCAGAAGCUCUGCGCCAUCAUGACGCAAAAAGAUGCGCGGGACACCUCAGCUGAAGUGGCAGAGACAGAACAAAUAAGUCCCCUGCUCUGCUCCAUCUACCAGUCACUCUCAGAGCCGUACCUGGAUCUGGACAUACAGUAUGGCGGCGAGGAUCAGACGGGCCUCUUUGAGCACGCCAAGAAGUUCAUCCCUAUGCUCGGGUACCGCCGCCGGGAGCAUCUGAUGAAUGCCAUGGUAGCAGGGCUUGAUGGUUUGAAGAUGUCCUCUUCCAAGUCGGCGGAGACGAAGAUUGAGUUUCUGGACGACCCCGAAACAGUCCGUGGCAAGAUAUUCGGCGCAGCGUGCCCCGAACGACAAGUCACGGGAAAUGGAGUCCUAGGGCUGCUUCGAGAUAUUCUAAUUCCCAUCAGUGAGCAGCGCAUGGAAAGAUUACUAGGGAAGACAGGCCUGAACUUACACGAGAGCACCGGUUCCGAGCUGGACCAGCGCCCUUUCUGCAGACUAGGGUCGCCGAUUGACACUGUUUUUACCACCUACGCUGAGCAUGGAGAGGGGCAGGAUUUCACCUCGUAUGAGGCCAUUGAAGCAGCAUUCGUAGCAGGCCAGCUGCAACCAGAAUCUUUGAAGAGGGCCGUGGCGGAUGCGUUCAACGUUCUGCUGGCUCCUAUCCGAGCCACGUAUGCAGAGAGCGAAGAAUGGCAGGAGUUGGAUAAAUUGGCCUAUCCUGAUGGGAACUGA